AUGGACCAGAGGCGAGAUGAGCCAGGUUCCGCGCCGAUUGAACUGUUUUCCAUUCCCACCGGGCAACUUCCACCUGUGGGAUCGGACACGGCCAAGCAAGACAGUUCUGAGGAUGGCAAAGGGACGAAGGACGCCAUUAGCUCGUCAAAUGACUUGCACCCUGGAACCCCUCCCGCGUCAGCAGAGGAUGGAGAUAUGCGGGCGCUCGAAUCUCCCAAAAUAUCAAAGGUCAGAGGUGUAACAGUUAUUAUCACUUUGGCCGGCAUAAGUUUCUUAAACACCAUGGGAUCUGGUAUUCUCAUUGCCGCGCUACCCCGGAUAGCUAAGGAUGUUGGUCUCUCUGAGAGCUUGAUCCUCUGGCCAGCAGCAGUUUAUGCCCUGGCUGCAGGUUGUCUGCUUCUGAUAUUUGGUGCCGUGGCCGAUGUUAUUGGGGCCAAGCUGAUGUGGGUUGUUGGGAGCUACCUCUUCGUUAUAUUCUCACUUGCUAUUGGAUUUUCCCAGACGAGUAUACAGAUUAUCCUAUUUCGAACCUUCCAAGGUGCCGCAAUAUCCAUGUGUCUACCUACCGCGGUGAGUCUCAUUACCAAUACGUUUGCUAAAGGCCCAUGGCGCAAUGUUGCCUUUGCUAUGAACGGAAUGGGACAGCCCCUUGGUUAUGCUGCUGGGUUGGUGUUGGGGGGUAUCUUCACAGAUACUAUCGGCUGGAGAUGGGCGUAUUACAUGAUGGGAAUUAUCAAUUUCUGUCUCUCAACGGCCUCUAUAUGGUCCCUACCAUCGGUUCACCAGCAUUCUGAUAAGCCGUGGAACCGCCGUCUUAUGGAAGACAUCGACUGGCUCGGGGCGAUUAUAAUGAGCGCAGCACUGGGUCUAUUGAUGUAUGUCCUAGCUAUGACGACGUCCUCUUACAAGAGGGUAGGGAAUGCUCAGAACAUUGUCUUACUUGUGGUAUCAAUCCUUUUGCUUGCAACUUUCCCUUUUUGGAUGAGGUUCCAAGUGAAAAGAGCGAGACCUGCACUUAUUCCAAACAAGCUAUGGAAAAAUAGCGCUUUCUCUUCAAUCUGCGCUUCAGUAUUUUUCUGUUGGGCCUCCCUUAACGGGAUUGAGUACUUUACAACCCUAUAG